CGAUUGGUAUGGUCUUGAUUUGCGGCGCAAACGUUACGUCAACCUUAAACGUGGAAUGUAAUUGGGUGAAUUCUCGAAUUUACAAAGCUUCUUGAAUGUGAUUUGUUGAUAUGGAGAGUGGGUGGGUUCAGGAACAUUCAUCUAAAGCUGGUGAACCAUCAUGGCCGCUUCUGUAGUAAGAGGUAUUGGCUCUAACCUUGCUAAAAACCUUCGAGAGAUUCGUCUACAUUUGUGCCAGACAUCGCCUGCGAGUCAAGGAGCAAGGGAUUUUGUGGAACAGCACUAUGUGGAACUAAAGAAGGCAAACCCCACAUUCCCCAUCCUCAUCAGGGAGUGCUCAGGUGUUCAGCCUAAGCUUUGGGCAAGAUCUGAUUUUGGUAAGGAGAGCAGUGUGGCCCUUGACAACAUGAAUGCUGACCAAGUGGCUAAGGUGCUGGAGACAGUUGUGACAUCAUAAGCAUGACCAACUCCGCUCCCCGAGGACACCUUUCCAACUGAGAUGGAGUGUGGAUUGUAAAGGACUUGUAUCACAUAAACCUCUAUUUCUGUUCUAAUAAAUCUGAGUACUAACUUGUGA